AUGGUGAAGAAAGCUAAUGGAAAAUGGCUAGUGUGCAUUGAUUUCAAGGACCUAAACAAGGAUUGCCCCAAAGAUUCCUAUUCACUUCCAAGGAUAGAUUGCCUAGUCGAUGAAACAUCGGGGUAUGCCAUGUUGAACUUCCUGGAUGCAUUUUCAGGCUAUCAUCAGAUCAGUAUGUGUCCACCCAAUGCCGAAAAGACAGCUUGUAUCACAGAGAAUGGAAUGUAUUGCUACAAGGUGAUAACGUUUGGACUAAAAAAUGCAGAGGCCACUUAUCAGCUAAUGGUUAAUAAGGUGUUCAAAGACUUAUUGGGAGACAUGAUGGAGGUGUAUGUGGAUGACAUGAUCAUGAAAACCAAGCUUAGGGAACGACGUGCUAAAAAGUUAGCAAAGGUUUUUGAGGUGUUUAGAGAAAACAGGAUGCGCUUGAACCCUAGGAAUAAAGGCCAACCCAAAGAAGGUGCAAGAAAUGGUCGAUAUGUAGUCCCCAACGUCCGUGAAAGAAGUCUAGAGAUUGACAAGUCAUUUGCCAACAUUGGGGCAAUUUCUGUCCAACACCACGCUGUAAAUGCAAUCCUGGUCAGACAGGCAAAGCAAUUUGACAGGCUAGUUUAUUAUGUAAGUAAGGUUUUUCAAGAAGCAGAGUCCCAGUAUCCCUAUGUUGAGAAAGUAGCCCUAGCAUUGGUCACAACAGCAAGGAAGUUGAGACCUUAUUUUCAGGCCCAUGUUAUGAUAGUGUUGAUAGACCAACCGCUAAGACAAAUCUUGCAGAGGCCCAAAUGCUCAGGGAGGUUGACCAAAUGGGCCAUUGAACUUAGUGAAUACGACAUCAGCUUCGAGCAAAGGAAGGCAAUAAAGGUACAAGAGCUUGUUGAUUUCAUAGUGGAGUGCACGCACGUAGCUCAGGAAGAUACCUUCACCAACGAAUGGUUGUUUGUGGAUGGAGCAUCGAAUGCCCGGGGUAGUGGGGUUGGAGUGGUGCUGAUCUCGUCAGAGAAGGAAAUUCUAGAAUACUCACUGCAUUUCACUUUCUCGAGCUCCAACAACACGGCGGAGUAUGAAGCUUUGCUCAUUGGGAUGAGGCUGGCCAAAAAGUUAGAAGUCACCCGAAUAAUAGCCCACAGUGAUUCCCAGUUGGUCGUUUAG